AAUCAUGAGGUGUGGUGUGGCCGCGGCGAAGUGGCCCCUGCGGCUGACGCGGCCGCUGUCCACCGCGACUCCACGAUGCCAGGCCUCUGAGGGCGCCCGGGAGAUCGCCGCAAAACCCCCCGUCCCGCGGCCCCAGUCCUGCCCCGUGCACUCCACGCGCGCCCGCUCCACCACGGUCCUGCCGCGGGUGCUCCAGGGGACCUACGAGGAGGCGCGGCCCGCAGGCGUGAAGAGUUGGGAAGAGGUGCCCGGGCCCGCGCCGCUGCCGCUGCUUGGGAACACCUGGCGGUUUAUACCUUAUAUUGGCGGCUACUCAGUGCAGCACAUCGACAAGGUCUGCCUGUCAGUGCGCGCGCAGUACGGGCGCUGCGUCAAGAUGGCGGCGCUGCUGGGCCGCCCCGACAUGUUGUUCGUGUUCGACGCUGCCGAGGUCGAGCGCGUCUUCCGCGGAGAAGAUGCGGCUCCUCAUAGACCAUCCAUGCCAUCGUUAAACUACUACAAACACACAUUGAGGAAAGACUUUUUCGGCGCCGAAGAAAAUUGCGCAGGAGUCAUUGCUUGCCACGGCGAGCAGUGGGCGGCGUUCCGUGCGAAGGUGUCGCGAGUGGCACUUAGCACCAGUGCGGCCGCGCAGUACACCGAGCCCGUCAGCCAGGUCGCUGACGCUUUUGUUGACAGAGUGCGAGAGAUCAGAGACGAAAAAAACGAAACCCCGGCAGACUUUCUAAAUGAAGUUCACAAAUGGUCACUGGAAUCUCUCGGUCUAAUAGCCCUCGACACGCGUCUCGGCUGCUUCCAAGCGUCGGAAGGGUCCGAGAGCCAACAACUCAUAGACGCCGUCAACACAUUCUUCCUCUGUGUGGGAGAGCUGGAACUAAGGGCGCCGUGGUGGCGGAUAUAUCCUACUAGGAUGUUCAAACGAUAUGUGGCUGCUUUGGACACGAUUCUAAGCGUAACUCUCCGUCACGUGGAGCUCGCGCUGUCGUCAUCAUCAUCAUCAGCAGAGAGUCGCUCGCUGCUGCAGGACCUGGUGGCGGCGGCGGGCGCGCGCGUGGCCGCCGUGGCCGCGCUCGACAUGUUCCUAGUGGGCAUCGACACGACGUCAAACGCAGUGGCAUCAAUCCUAUACCAGCUGUCCCUACGGCCUGAAGUCCAAGAGAAGAUCCACCAAGAAGUGACGAAGGUGCUGCAAGGACGAGAGAUGAAACCAGGAGACUUGAACCAGAUGCCUUACUUGAAGGCCUGCGUCAAGGAAGUUAUGAGGAUGUACCCAGUCGUCAUCGGUAAUGGCCGACAGUUGACCAAAGAUACAGUUAUUUGCGGAUACAACAUACCUAAAGGGACCCAAGUGAUAUUCCAGCACUACGUAAUGGGCAACAGCGACGACUAUUUCACCUCUUCCUCUCAGUUCCGGCCGGAGCGGUGGCUGCAGCGGGGGCCCACGGACCGGCACCACCCCUUCGCGUCGCUGCCCUUCGGAUAUGGGAAGCGAAUGUGUUUAGGCAGGCGGUUCGCUGAGCUGGAGAUACAUACUGUUAUUUGUAAGAUGGUGCAAGCGUUCCGUAUGGAGUACCAGCACGAACCGCUGGACUACCACGUGCACCCCAUGUACACGCCCAACGGACCCCUCCGACUCAAGAUGAUUGAACGAUAGAGGUCAAGAAGGAUACCUAGCUAUAAGUACUCAUAGGUGACCAUAAUGGAGGUACCUUUAUUCAAUAAAAAUAGAUGUAGUGGUUAGUGACCCUAUUGACCCGACUGAUUCCCGGUCGGAUCAGAUAUUUGAAUAUUUGUUUAAAGACAGAUAUUUGUAGUCGGGUCGGGUCUUGGGUGUUAAUAAUUAUUUUCUUCAAGUGGUAGCCCUAAAUUAAUGAAUAAGACACGAUACUUUAAAUAUUAGUUGCCAUUGGUUUCAGCAAAGCUAGCGUUGUAUGACUUUAUGAGUGAUGAAGGUAUAUAAUAUUUGUUUUUGUUAUCUAGACCAUAAGUUAUUCAACGUAAUAAUCUUUAUUGUGCGGAAUGCAACCUUAAAAGUUUAACUAGGCAACGUAGAUGAUGUACUUUACUUGUAGAGAGUACUUAGUUCUGGUAGAGUCUUCGCUAGUUGCAUCCAAGAACUUUUUGUAAAAGUCCUGACUGCAUAGCAGUCUGUGCAGUGAGUGAAUAUUUGCGGAAUGAUAUAUCGUAGGCGUUUGUUAUAUUGCAAAAUGCUAAGGAUAGUUUUUAUUUAAUUUUAAAUUUUACUUUCAAGGACGAAAAUGUGUUGAAUGUAUUAUAGUUGAAUGUAAGUACU